UUGUUGUCUAUCGUUUUUUGCUUCUUCUCUUCCUUUGCCUUUCCUUUUCUCUCUCUCUCUCCUUUUACAUUCCAAUUCUAAACUAGGUUCUUAUCCUCCUCAUCCUUUCAUCAUCUCCAUCAUCACCAGUUUCCAUUUGUAUUAAUUGUUUUUCUCCAAUUUAAAUUGUUCUCACCUUGAUUGUUUCUCUAUUUUUGAUAUUCACCAUUGCGGAAGAGGCUUUAAUCUAACUAUGAUCAGAGAUGAAACCAGUUUACAAAUAAAUCUGUUAAUUACUCAUUUACAUUUAUCCGAAUCAAGUUUAUCUUCCUCCCACUUUAAUAUCCUCUGUCAUCUGAUUGCUAAUUGUCCUACUAAAAGUGUACCUCUUACAACCUCCAGUUACCGUGUUAAUUAUUGUAUUAAUUACUAUUAUUGGUCCAACAACAACAACCAUGGUGAUAUUGAUUGUUACCAUUGCCUUCAUCAACCUUUGGUCAACCGAAUCUUCAAUCAAGCAAAACCUUUGAUAAUCAACAGUUGGAAACAUUUGUCUAUUUUAUUCAAUUUAACUCAAUUAAUUGCUUGUUAUUACCAUUUAUCUUCACCUUUAUUAGUAUUAUAUCAAUUGUUAUCAUCGUCAUCAUCAUUGAAACCUUUGGCUUUGUUUGUUAUUAUUGUACUUUUAUCAUCAUCUUUGUUGAUACAUAAACAAGAAUCUGUGAAAGAUAAACAAGUAAACAAACAUGUCAAACCUGAGACCAGGUAAAAAUGUUUCAUCUUCAACCUCUAAAUUGCAAUCAACCCUUAAUUCAUCAUCAUCUUCACCACCCACAAGUUCAUCUAAAGUGAAAAAUGAUGUUCCAAAAGGAUUAAGGUCAGUUAAAUUAUCCAAAGGUCCUUCAGGUUUAGGGUUUAACAUUGUUGGUGGAGAGGAUGGUGAGGGAAUCUUCAUUUCUUUCCUUCUCGCCGGUGGACCCGCUGAUUUAUCCGGUAAAUUACAUAAAGGAGAUCAAAUAAUCUCAGUGAAUGGAAUUGACCUUGGCGGAUGUACCCAUGAGGAAGCCGCUGGAAUCCUUAAAGCAUCAACCGGAGAGAUAAUCCUUCUAGUUGAAUAUCAUCCAGAUGAUUAUGCAAGAUUUGAAAAGAAAAUGGUAGAGAUGAGAGAAGGAUUAAUUCUGAAUAAUGUUUCCGGUAACCUGAUAACCCGAACCAAGCGAAGCCUCUUUGUCCGAGCUCUUUUUAAUUAUGACCCAACACGUGAUUCUGGUUUACCAAGUCGUGGAUUGGCCUUCUCAUUUGGUGAUAUUCUCAAUGUGAUCAAUGCCUCGGACGAUGAAUGGUGGCAAGCGAAAAGGAUUAAUCCAGGAGGAGGACAAGAGAGCACUUUUGGUAUUAUCCCUUCGAAGGGGAGGGUGGAAAAGAAAGAGAAAGCCCGUUUAAAGUAUGUCAAAUUCUCGGACAGUGGUGACCACAGUUCCACGGAUGGAAAGAAAUCAAGUUCCGGCUUAUUGGUGGAAAAGAAGAGGAAAAAUUUUUCCUUCUCUAAAAUAUUAGCCUUCAUUAGAUCAAAAGAUAAUGACAAAGAUCUUAGUGCAAGUAAAGAUUUUUCUCUCUCAAAGGAUGGUCAUCAUUUCUCAUCAUCUGAAUCAAAUCUUGAUGAAACUGUUAACUUAAUAUUUUCAUAUGAAUCUGUAGUUAGACAGACCAUUGACUAUAUAAGACCAGUUAUAAUUUUGGGUCCUUUUAAAGAUAAAUUUAACGACGAUUUAAUUGCAAUGCAUCCUGAUAAAUUUUGUGCCUGUGUACCACAUACAACACGAUUAGCCCGUGACAAUGAGCUCGAUGGACGUGAUUAUUAUUUUGUCUCUCGAGAAACCAUGGAGAAAGAUAUUGCUGCCAAUCUAUUCAUCGAAGCUGAAUCUGAUAUUUAUAAUGAUAAUCUUUAUGGCACUUCGAUUGCUUCGGUUAAAUCGAUUGCCGGUUCUUUUACCACUGGACGUCAUUGUGUUCUCGAUGUUGGCAUAAGUUCAGUUCGAAGGCUUCAAUCAAGUGGACUGUUCCCAAUUGUUAUCCUAAUAAAACCUAAAUCCGUUGAAUCUUUAAUGGAGAUUAAUAAAAGAUUAACUUGGGAUCAGGCGAAAUUAUUGUUUGACAAGAAUAUCAAAAUGGAACAAGAAUUUGCUGAUCAUUUUACCGCAAUUAUAUCAGGAUUUACGCUCGAUGAACUUUUAGCUAAAAUUGUAUUGAUCAUUGAUGAAUAUCGUGGACCAGAAAUUUGGAUACCAUCAAAGGAAGAGAUUUAAUUACAUGCAAAACAAUCAUAAAGAGUAAAAACAAUUAACGGAAUGUUAAUCAUUCACUAGCUACAGAUUAACAUCAAUCUACUCAUGGAUCAUUAUCAUCACUAUCAUCAUCAUUUUUCAUCAUCUUUUUCCUUUCUCAUUUAAUUGGAAAAUCUUUUCACCCUCAUUUUUCCAGAUUCAUGGUGAUUUCGUUUUUCAGACAAUCAGGCAAGAUGGAAAAAGAAUCAAGGAAUUACCAAUGAAUAUCAAAGGAGAAAAGAUUUAUGUUCAACAAGGAAGCAAAAGAAUCAAGAAGCAGCGAUCAUUUUUUUUCUCGACUUGAUGGUACAAUUUAAAGUUCUAUAAAUAUAAACACGAUUAUGGUUUCACUAUUUUGACCAAUGGUGCUGAUCGAGAGUCACUCGCCAAAGAAAGCUGUUGAUUGAUAAUUAUUUCAAUCCAUCAAGUUAUCAACGAUUAACAAUCACCUUAGCCAGAGAUUUAGAGUUUGAUUGUUACAGUGAUUUCAACUUGAAUUGGUAGUUUCUUCACAUGAAACGAAAUGGAAAAUCUUUCAAAUGAAAGGAUUAACUCCUUAAAUCUUUUAAAAGUAAAAAGUUUAUUUGGUCAUCCCAUUGAGAAUAGACCCGAAGAUAGCCAAUUGAUUUUAAAGAAAUUUAUUUCGAAUUUGAAGAAAUUCCAAUUCUUUUCGAAAGAGAUUAUCUUAAUCGUUUUAGUGAAUAGAGAUUAUCCAUUUUAUUUGAAAAAAUUUCCAUUUCAUUGUAAAGAAACAACCAAUUCAAGUCGAAAUCAUUAAUCAUAACUAUUAUUAUGUUUCCUUUUGUUUUUAACUCGUCAGUUUUUCACUUCAAGAUUGUCGAUUAAGGUUAAGACCCAUUCCUAUUAGAUAAUUAUCCUGAUUUGUAGCUAUUUAAUUGCGUCCGUAUUUCUAAUAGAUUUUAGAUUGAGCAUUUUUUUCAUAACCUUUUGUGUUCUUAAUUAUGUUUAUCUUGGUUUCAUAUCCAAAUUUAAGCAUUUUAAUUGUUCUAACUAUUAGUUUCUCAAUUUUUUUCUUUCCUUUUCGAUUGAUUGAGAAAAAAAAUUCUUCUAAUGUUACCUAAUUACUUUCAAGUGAAAGUUGAUUUCUUUUCAUUGAUAACAUUAUGUUCAAACAUUGUCUUGUCGUUUAAUUGUCCUGAUCCUAAAUUGAACGCUGAUUUACAAUCAAUACCAACAAACCAACACAACCUUAAUCACCAUCGACAAACCAUUGCCAAUCUGAACAGAUUCUGAUUCUGAAUCUGAUUUUCUACAAGGAACAAAUCAAUCAUAAUCUCCAAAGUAUUUUCACCAUGAGAGCUUGAUUAACCUCUUAAUUGUAAUAACUACUGGCUUUUAAUUGUCACCAUUAUCAUAAAUCCAUCCACCACCCACCAAAUCAUUUAACACCCAAACUACAAAUAUCUUUUAAUUUUCAAGCCAUCUCUCUUUCUCUCUAUUUAAAUUCUGAUUAAUUAUCAUUAUCACUAUCUAAUUAUUAAACUGCCUCAACUCUGGAAUCAAUGAUUAUUAAUCAUCAUCAUGAUAAUUAACUUUUCUCUUUCUCUCUUCAUGAUGAUGUCUUUUGUUUUGGAAGAACCAAAUUUAACAAUUCAACGAAAAGAAAAACAAAUUAACUAAUAUGUUACAUCAUCGCUUAAUUAUUAUUGAUUAUUAUGUAUUUUAAUUUGAAAUCAUUUUUGCCUUUUAAUUAUUGAGCAAAAAACAAAUUGUAUUCCCGUGGCCAAGUUAAUUGUAAAUCUCAAAAAUUACACAAAUUUAACAACAAUCAGAAAAAAACAAUUUAUUAAUUACUGUGAGAUAAACAAAAGUCUAAUGUUGAAUCAUAUUAAAAUGCAAUAUUGUUAUAAUAAAUUGUUUCCCGAAAGAGAAAUUAAAAAAAAAUUAAUCACAAUAAACUUAAUUGCUGAUCAA